AUGGAGGGGAACCACUCUAAUAAUUACUCAUCUCGACCAGACAAUUUGUAUACUCAUCCUACACAUAUUAAUGCUUCAUCAGCAUCAGAAAGAAGUACACCUUCACAGCAGGCGAAUGACCUUAAUUUUUCCGAUCCCCCAGCUCAAAAUGAAAAUGUAUUACCAGCUGCACCACUAGAAAUUCAGUUUGACCACCAAAACUACCCAGCAGGAGCUCAAAGGCUUCAUCAGUACGACAAUCAGAGCACAACCAGCCAAGAUUCGAGGAACUAUGGAGCUCAUAGCUUGGGUAGGGCCGGUACAACAAAUUUUGGAGAAAGUAUCCCUUUGAGGGAUCAUUCAGCACUACCCUCACGGGAGGGUAACAUUACUGAUCAUGUCUAUGAUGCCUCAUCUCAAAAUUAUUCACAUCAAGCCCCAAAUACUAUAAAGAAGAACAGCACCUGGAAAAUGGUUAAUACAGGAAUAAAAUUACCAUAUGUUACAUAUCUUUUGACCUUGAUUCAAUGUGCCGUAUUUAUUGUUGAGAUAGUGAAGAACUUACAACUCACUGGAUCCCCGAUUGAAAUUCACCCUUCAUUCAACCCAAUGAUUGGCCCUUCUCCAUAUGUUCUCAUAAAUAUGGGUGCUCGUUAUGUUCCGUGCAUGCAUGCUGUUGAUGGUAUUCAAACACGGGCUAGCGGGGGAGAAAUCAACUGGCCAUGUCCCAACACAACUUCAAGUAAUAUAGCCAACUGCCAGCUGAACAACUUAUGUGGAUUUAACAUGCCAGCAAGCCAGAAUCCAGUUUAUCCCGGACAAAAUAUAUCCUUGAGUGCUUUCCAAAAUCAACCUAAUCAGUGGUUUCGAUUUAUUUUGCCCAUUUUUCUUCACGCAGGGAUCGUUCAUAUUGGAUUUAACAUGCUGCUGCAGAUGACACUAGGCAAAGAAAUGGAAAUUGCCAUAGGAUCUAUACGCUACUUUUUAGUUUACAUGUCCGCAGGGAUUUUUGGGUUUGUUCUUGGCGGAAACUUUGCAGCCACCGGAAUUGCUUCAACGGGUGCAUCUGGGGCUCUUUUUGGCGUCCUAGCCCUCAAUCUUCUUGAUCUACUCUACACAUGGGGAAAACGUAGAACUCCUUUGAAAGACUUUGCAUACAUUAUGCUUGACAUAGGCAUAUCUUUUGUUUUGGGACUCCUACCUGGCUUAGACAACUUCUCCCAUAUCGGUGGCUUCCUUAUGGGCUUAGUUCUCGGUAUAUGCAUUCUUCAUUCUCCAAGUGCACUUCGCGAAAGGAUCAAUCGGACCUCACCGCCGUACACAUCAGUCGGAGGGGUAAAAGGUGAUUUUAUGGACAGGUCUAGUAGAGAUGUAACUAGCUUCAUCAAGAGUCCACUAAAUUUUUUUACGCAACGACGACCAGCAUGGUGGGCAUGGUGGCUUGUUCGCGUCGGCAGCCUAGUUUUUGUUUUUAUCGUGUUCAUAUUAUUAUUAAGAAACUUCUACACAUUCAGGAGAACAUGCAGUUGGUGCAAGUAUUUGAGUUGCAUUGAUAUUAAUAAUUGGUGCGAGAUUGGUAAUCUUCAGCUAACAACACUUAACACAACUUCCUAG